UCGGUCAGCUGGCUCCUGCAUCUGAAGGCAGGAGAGCCUCUCCCAUUGGGAGACAUCACCAUCACCGCCCGAGCCUAGCCAUCGACCGCCCGCAGGAAGGAAGGGGAAUAAAACAUGGAGGACACGGUGUUAUUAUAGUGGCGGAUCGGGCGUCAGCGGGGAUCGGGAGAUUAUUUAUUAACAUAUUUAUUUAUUUAUUUCCCUUGUCAGCAAUGGCCGGGGUCCAUGGCUGCGGCUGCUGAGAGGCAGGUGCAAUAUCAUCGACAUUUCGUUUCUCGGCAUGGGCUCAACGAGGGCCGAUCCACAGGCUGCUCUACACGCCCUCUGUUCCCCGGAUACCACGCUGUCUGCGGGGGGAGAGGAAUAGCUGAGCCGCGUCUGGAGGUGUGGAUGAGGGGGGCCUCUUUACAUCAAAAUAUUAGAGCCAGUAAUUUCAAGGUUAUGCGCCGUUACACACAGCAACAGCCAGGCUUCCUUCAGUGAAUCAGUGCAUGCUGCAACAUGACAUAGGGUUGGUGGGCUUUAUUUUAAGGAAACACUGAUUGAAUACACGUUUUUCUGCAUUGAGAGGACCAAAAACCUUUUGACAGGCCUGAAAAAACUGUUGAGCCUCCUCAUCUGGAAAACAGAAGCCGGUUUCAGCUGCCAAGAUGAUGGAGCUACAGAUAGACGAGGUGGUGUACCAGGACGACUACGGCUCCGGGUCCGUGAUGUCGGAGCGGGUGUCGGGCCUGGCCAACAGCAUCUACCGGGAGUUUGAGAGGCUGAUCCGCAGCUAUGACGAGGAGGUGGUGAAGGAGCUGAUGCCGCUGGUGGUGAACGUCCUGGAGAACCUGGACGGGGUGCUGACGGAGAACCAGGAGCAUGAGGUGGAGCUGGAGCUGCUGAAGGAGGACAACGAGCAGCUCAUCACCCAGUACGAGAGGGAGAAAGCGCUGAGGAAACAGGCGGAAGAGAAAUUCAUUGAAUUUGAGGAUGCGUUGGAAGCUGAGAAGAAGGAUCUGCAGGUGCAGGUGGAGUUUCUGGAGCUGCAGUCCAAACAGCAGGAGCUCAAAUCAAAGAACUACUCCGACCAGAUCGUGCGGUUGGAGGAGCGAGAAUCAGACAUGAAGAAAGAGUACAACGCUCUGCACCAGCGCCACACUGAGAUGAUCCAGACAUACGUCGAGCACAUAGAGCGGUCCAAAAUGCAGCAGGCGGGGAGCAACAGCCAAUCAGAAGGCACGGGCUGUGGACGAACUCAACGCCACACAUGGAGGAAAAGCAAAGCAGAGCGCCCGCCUUCAUUGAGCCUGUACCCCAGCGGCGAGGGAAUGGUACGUGGGGGUCUCGGGGGGGCUAGGAUGAUGCCCGGGAAAGACAUCUGGCAGGUCAGCGAGCUCGGCCCGUCUCCUUUCCGCUCUGCCUAUCAGGAGGACGGAUCAGAGUCCGACUCGGUGGCAGCGACACCCAGCAGCACAGGGAGCAAGUCCAACACCCCCACCUCCACCGUCCCCUCGGCCACCGUCACCCCCAUCAACGAGGGCUUCGUCCCGCCGGCGGAGUUUGAUGCGAUGCGAGCUGGGAACCGCAGGAAAGGUGCGAAGCGGCUCAGCAGGAACAUGGAGGUGCAGGUUUCUCAGGAGACCAGGAACGUCAGCAUCGGCAUGGGAAGCAGCGAUGAGUGGUCCGAGUUUCAGGAGAUCAUCGAUUCGACCCCUGAGCUGGACAUGUGUGUGGACCCCCGUGUGUACGGAGGAGGAAACAGCCCCUCCCAGGGCAUCGUGAACGAGGCCUUCGGCAUCAACACCGACUCUCUCUACCACGAGAUCAAAGACGCCAAAUCAGACAUCAUCGGAGACGUAGACGCAGGCGCCGAGCUGCUAGGCGAGUUCUCAGUCCGCGAUGAUUUCUUCGGGAUGGGUAAAGAGGUGGAAAACCUGCUGACAGAGAACAAACAGCUCCUAGAGACCAAAAAUGCUCUCAACAUUGUGAAAAAUGACCUUAUUGCCAAAGUGGACGAGCUGUCGGGGGAGCAUGAGGUGCUGAGGGAGGAGGUGGAGGCUCUGAGGCAGUCCAAGAACAAAGUGGAGGCCAGAGUCAAGGAGCUGGAGGAGGAGCUCAGGAGGUUAAGAGCAGAGGCUCUCGGUGCGUCUCGGGACUCAAAGGAUGAAGCAGGCGAUGACUUUUCAUCGCCCAUGCAGGACGGAGACAUGACGAUGACGCAGCGGCGGAGGUUCACCCGGGUGGAGAUGGCCCGAGUUCUGAUGGAGAGGAACCAGUACAAAGAGAGGCUGAUGGAGCUGCAGGAGGCCGUGCGGUGGACCGAGAUGAUCAGGGCGUCCAGAGAAAGUCCUCAAAUGUCAGAGAAAAAGAAGUCCACCAUCUGGCAGUUCUUCGCCCGUCUCUUCAGCACGUCGUCCAGCCCUCCGCCCGUCAAGAGGCCGUACUACAGCGUCAACAUCCACUACAAGUCUCCCUCGCCCGCCAGCUUCUCUCAGCGCCGCAGCCACACCAUGUGCCAGAUCUCCACCUCCAACCGCACGCUGGAGUUCUUCCCCGAAGAACUGGCCAGUAACGGUGUUGCGUCUCUCCUCAGCGACUCGGCACUGUUGGCCCGCCGAGAGCAGCGGCGUGAACAGUACCGGCAGGUCCGCGAGCACAUGAGGCGCGACGACGGCAUCAUGCAGGCGUGUGGCUGGAGCGUGCCGUCUCGCUUCAAACAGCCUGGAGCUCUGCCAGAAACCGCUCAGGACAGCCCGCUGAAGAGACAACAGCCGCCAACCGAGAAGGAGGACAACCGCAUGAAGAACGUUCCCGUCCCGGUGUACUGCCGUCCUCUCGUAGAGAAAGACCCCAACAGGAAGUUGUGGUGUGCAGCAGGUGUGGACCUGACGGGAUGGAGGGCCAGCUACCAGGAGUCGGAGUUAGCCAAAGCUCCGUCGGGGGGCAGCGACCCUCUGCAUGCUGAGGAGAACGGAGGAGGCAGGAAGAGCAGCCACACCUCCCCAGAGAAGAGGAUGUCGAAGGAGCUGCAGGAGACGGACACCAUGAGCAGCAGAGUGUGGAUCCUCACCAGCACCCACUCUGCCAGUAAGGUGGUGAUCAUCGACGCCAACCAGCCGGGCUCGCUGGUCGAUCAGUUCAACGUCUGCAACGCCCACGUGCUCUGCAUCUCCAGCGUGCCAGCUGCCAGUGAGAACGACUACCCCCCCGGAGAGAUCGUGUUGGACCCCGGUGACGGGGGGGUCGGGGGAGCGGGCGAUGACUCGGGCAGCGUGGAGGGCAUGCUGGCCGGCAUCACGCUGGUCGGCUGCGCCACCAACUGCAGCGUUGCCCGUAGCAACUGCUCCUCACGCACUGACACGCCCAUCAUGGACAAAGGACAAGCCCCCACCACCCCCCCCAUGAAUGGUAAGAUCCACCCCGCCCAGUCGGCUGAGGAGGCGACGGAGGCCACCGAGGUCCCCGAGUCCACGGCGAGCCACGGAGAGCUGAGGUCGGGACCCCCGGGACCCUUCACUGAGCACGUCUUCACCGACCCCCCGCCCCGCCUCUCAGACGCCUCGGACAGGAGCUCAGGUCAAUCCAAAGAGGAAUCUUCCCAGCCUUCAGAGUCUGAAGACGGGGGUGAAGACACCAGGAACUACACCAGCGUGGCCCCCACCAUGUGGCUCGGGGCCCAGAACGGCUGGCUCUACGUCCACUCAGCGGUUGGAAACUGGAAGAAGUGCCUCCACUCCAUCAAACUCAAAGACUCUGUGCUCAGCCUGGUACAUGUGAAAGGUCGUGUGCUGGUCGCCCUCGCUGACGGGACCCUCGCCAUAUUCCACAGAUCAGAGGAUGGCCAGUGGGAUCUGUCGAACUACCACCUGAUGGACCUGGGUCGGCCUCAUCACUCCAUCCGCUGCAUGGCUGUGGUCCACGAUAAGGUUUGGUGCGGAUACAAGAACAAGAUCCACGUCAUCCAGCCCAAGAGCAUGCAGAUCGAGAAGUCCUUCGACGCCCACCCUCGCAGGGAGAGUCAGGUGCGGCAGCUGGCCUGGAUCGGAGACGGUGUUUGGGUCUCGAUCCGCCUCGACUCCACGCUGCGUCUCUACCACGCACACACACACCAACACCUGCAGGACGUGGACAUCGAGCCGUACGUCAGCAAGAUGCUGGGUACUGGCAAACUGGGCUUCUCUUUUGUGCGCAUCACGGCACUUCUGAUUGGUGGAAAUCGUCUCUGGGUAGGAACUGGAAACGGCGUGAUCAUCUCCAUCCCACUGACGGAGACGGUGGUCCUUCACCGGGGACAGCUCCUUGGUUUGAGGGCCAAUAAGGUGUCUCCUACGUCGUCCAGCGGGGUGAUCCAUGUGUACGGAGACGACGGCUCUGAGAAAAGCUCCGGCAGCUUCAUCCCGUACUGCUCCAUGGCUCAAGCCCAGCUGUGUUUCCAUGGACACCGCGAUGCUGUCAAGUUCUUCGUCUCUGUGCCCGGUAAUGUCCUGGCCACGCUGAACGGCAGCGUGCUGGACAGCCCGUCGGAGGGUCAGGGGUCAACAGCGCCCGUAGAGACGGAGACUCAGAGCGUUCACAACGUGCUGGUGCUGAGCGGAGGAGAGGGAUACAUCGACUUCCGCAUAGGCGACGGCGAGGACGAUGAGACGGAGGAAGGAGACGCUGCUGUUGCCGUGGCUACUGGAGCCUCGCAGGUCAAACCGGCUCUGUGUAAAGCUGAGCGCAGCCACAUCAUCGUGUGGCAGGUGUCCUACAUCCCUGAGUGACACACACACACACACACACACACACACACACACACACACACACACACACACACACACACACACACACACACACACACACACACACACACACACACACACACACACACACACACACACACACACACACACUCUCCUCCUCCUGCCCCCUAAAGCUUCCAGCCACCCUUGUAAUUAUCCCAUGUCAUGUAAAAGUCCCCCUUUGGCUCUAAAACGACCCUCCAAGCCGUGUAUUGUAACUAUUAUCUCCCCUCCUGCCCCGUCACCUUGUAACUUUAAUGCCUUGUAAGUACCUCCUCUGAUCUAGUAAUCUGCCUGUUUCUGCCCCCCCCCCCCCCCCCCCCCCCCCGGGCAUUGUUACUAUCUUCAUGAGCCUUGUAACCCAGCCUCAUAACUACCUCCCUUAUAUUCACCCUUUGAGCACACUGUAUCUCCUCCUAUAUUGACCUCAAUUGUCCUGCAUCUGCCCCAAAAGUUACUCCCCCUCCUCUUCUUCCUCCACUUAGUUUCUCAUAUGUAAAGCCUCCACCUCGUCUUAAAGCAAAAGCCCAGAGCCCCAACAUGUAUCAAUUGUACCAACAAAUAAACAGCAGGCACAGAAAUGUGAAUUUGUCUGGUUUUAAUAAAGCCAAGUAUCAAUUAGUGAUAAUCCACGUUUUUAGAUGGAUGCAGUUGUCGGGUUUUUAAGGAUUGACACUCUUUGUCAAAUUGAGGCAGCAAACUCUUCAAGAUUGUAGUGGAUGUCCAGAGUUUCAUAUUUUAUGACGAAAAUGAAACUAAUAGAAAGUCUAAAUUACGACUUUAUUGUCUGGGCUUUUUUGGCUGCUACCCUAAAAUAUUUUGCAUCCAAUCACGUCUAUUUAGAGUCUUGAAAAAAGGCGCUUGCUCAUUUUAUACCCUGAUAAAAAUGUAAAAACCCCCAUGAGGAUAUAAAUGACUUAUUUUGCGAGGAAAUAUCUGGUGCCUGAUGUAAAUUAAAGAGUUGUCGUUAAGCCAGGGGAAGGGGCGGUGCUUAAUGUGUGGAGGGUCUCUCAUCUGACUGGCUGUUGAUCAGGCGGUUCGUUGUAAAGCAGGUGAACAGUGAUGUCCUCAUUACGUGUUCAGGGAUCAUUGUAAAAGACAUUCUGAAGCCCAUCCUCUUUGUUCAGUAUGGAAAUUCAUGCAUUGAUCUCCAUUUGUGUGGAUUAAAUAUUAAACAUAUGUGUGCUGAAAAAAA